AUGAAAGGCAAUACAAAACGCAAAAAAUCAAACAAAUCUUCUAGUAAACCAGCUACCUCUUCGACUCAUACAUCAUCAAGUCUUAUACGACUUCCAUUAGAAACAUUUCUUGAAAUCUGUAAAUCUCUUACACCGGUUGACUUACUAUCUCUUUCUUUAGUAUGUAAAACUUUUUACAAUGAUUUAUGUUGUGGAGAGUCUAAAACUAUUCAAGAAAUAUGGCGUCAAUCAAGAUUAACUUUUAUGCCGUUUCGUGAAAUGGAUCCACCUGAGGGAAUGAAUGAACGAGAGUAUAUUAGGUUUUUAAUCGAGAAUAAAUGUUAUUUUUGUGGUUCUAAAACUCGCGUUACAAGAAUAUAUUGGGAAAGAAGAGUAAGAUCAUGUAUUAAAUGUUUUAAGGAAAAUACAAUCCUUGAAGGUAUAGAUAAUAGGAUCAAAUUGAUUCUACAAAGACCAUUUCUCCAAAAUGGAAGUUUAAGUAAUCGUUUCUGGCGUGAUCAAGUAGAAUCAAAAUAUGCAGAACUUUGUAACGUUGAUGUUAAGGAUCAAAAUGAAUGGAUUUAUGAGCAAUAUCAACUUUAUAAUAUCCUUCAACGUGAAAUUGCUGAACGACGACGUGAAGAUGUUUUAAGCAGAGAAAAUCAAAGAUCUCAGAGGAUUCAAGGUAUUAGCGAUAAAUUGGAUUUAAUGUGUGAAGAAAUAGACGAGAAUGGAUGGAAAAUUUUACGACAAAAAUUAAUUAAGGAAUAUCCGCAGGUGGAACAAUCGUACAAAAGUUUGAUGUUUGACAAUAGCUAUGAGGACGAGAUUGAUUACGAUAGUGAUGAAGUAGAAAUUGAUGAUUCGGAUGAUGAUUCAAAACUUUUCUUUAGCUCUGGAAGUUAUCGUUGUAUGAUUCAAUAG